AUGGGCAAACCAAGCGAAAAAAAGGGAAUGGUCGUUGAAGGUACUCGUACAAAUGGAAAGAGUACAUACGCUUCAAAGGAGAAAAACGGAAGGAAGCCACCUGUCAUUAAACAGGUACCAAAGGACGUCACAAUGGGAGACGCUACGCCUUCAGGAUCCGAAAGUGAUGUUCCGUUGGCAAAAAGGAUGGUUGCAUCCAACCAAAAGCAAAAGGGCAUUGUUAAUGGGGAAAGUCCUUCCUCAAAGCAGAAAAGUGUAAAGGCUGAAGAAGAAUCCUCGGAGUCGGACUCUCAAAUGUUAAAGUUUAGGCGCAGGCCCAAACGUAUCGUGGUUUCAGAAUCUGAGGAAUCCGAGGAUGACGUACCUCUUUCUCAAAAGGUAGCGAAAUCCACGGGAUCUAGCAGUAAGCCGAGCAAAAGCAAAUCAUUGGAUGCACCGGUUAAGGAAGAGAAGGUGGAUAAUAAGCAAGUAAAGAGGAAGCGAAUGGAUUCUGAGUCCGAAGGAGACGAUAGAAACAUUAUAUCAAAAAGUGAUCCCAAAAAAACGAACAAAAAGGUCACACCUAAAAAGGUGCCGAAUGAAAAAAUCAUUAAAAAGGAAGAUGUUGAAACAUCAUCCAAGGAAGAAACCCCGGUUGCUAAGAGGAUGGGGAAAACCAAUGGAAAAAAGACGGUGGUUGUUAAGCAAGAAUCUCAGGAUUCUGAUAGUGACGUGCCGUUGGCAAAACGAUUAGCUAAUAAGAAUAAGGCCACGUCAACUCAGCUCUCUCCUAAGGUUACCGCCAAAUCACCUUCGGUCAAAACGGAGGCGGGAACACAAGAAACCAGGGCUCCCGUAAAGAAUAAUAAGUCUCAAGUUAAACGCAAACGUAAUGAUUCCGAUUCCGAAUUUGAUGACAAAAAGCAAGUUGCCAAAUCCAAGUCUUCUGCCAAGGGUGCAAUAGGCUCGAAGAAAUCGGGACCGGAACGAAAGAAGAAAAAGGAGUACGAGUCCCUAGAUGAAAAAAUGUCUGAAAAAAAGCGGGGCAAGCAAAAGGCGAACGUAAAGUGGACUAAAUUAGAACACAAUGGUGUCUACUUCCCUCCGCCUUAUGUUCCGCACAAUGUCAAGAUGAAAUAUGAUGGUAAAGAGAUUACUUUAACACCCGAGGCAGAAGAGGUGGCCAGCUUUUAUGCAGCCAUGAUCAAUACCGAUUACGGGAAAAACCCAACGUUCAUCAAAAAUUUCUUUAAAGAUUGGAAGGAAAUUUUAAAGAAAUCUCCGGAGAAUCCCAAAAUCGAGGACUUUAACAAGUGCGAUUUCAUGCCAAUCUUUGACCAUUUUGAGCGUGAAAAGGAAUUAAAAAAGAAUAAGACGAAAGAGGAGAAAGCGCGGUUGAAGGAGGAAAAGUUAAAGUUGGAGGAAAAGUAUGGAUAUUGCAUUCUGGAUGGAAGACGAGAAAAAGUAGGAAAUUUCAGGAUCGAACCUCCAGGUUUAUUCAGAGGACGAGGCGCACACCCAAAAUGCGGAAAAUUAAAGCAACGGGUUUUGCCUGAACAAGUUACCAUCAAUAUUGGCAAAGACGCACCCGUUCCGCAACCACCAAAGGGUCACCGAUGGAAGGAGGUCAUCCACGACAACACCGUGACAUGGCUAGCGACCUGGAAAGAAAAUAUUAAUUCAAACAUUAAAUACGUCUUUUUGGCUGCGAACAGUUCUUUGAAGGGUCAAAGCGAUUUAUUAAAGUUUGACAAAGCUCGAGAAUUGAAGAAUCAUAUUGCAAGGAUUCGCGGUGAUUAUAACCGAGAUCUUAAAGAAAAACUUACGGCAAAACGUCAGAUGGCAACAGUGAUUUAUCUGAUAGAUCGAUUGGCGCUCAGAGCUGGCAACGAGAAAGACACUAAACAUGAAGCCGACACUGUCGGGUGUUGUUCCCUCCGUGUCGAACACAUCAAGCUUAAGCCUCCAAAUGUGGUCACAUUCGACUUCUUGGGUAAAGACUCAAUCAGAUAUCAAAAUACCGUUGAAGUUGAAGAAACAGUCUUUAAAAACCUCAAGAUUUUCAUGAAAGGCAAAAAUCCCAAGAAGGAUUUUCUGUUUGAUAGAGUUACAACCACAGAUUUGAAUAAACACCUGUCUGAAUACAUGAAAGGGCUUACCGCUAAAGUGUUUCGCACGUAUAACGCUUCUUACACAUUUCAAAAUGAGCUAAAAAAACGUACAGAUCCUAAUUCCACGAUAGCCGAAAAAAUUCUAUCCUAUAAUCGUGCAAAUCGCGAGGUUGCCGUUUUAUGUAACCAUCAACGGUCCGUAAGUAAAGCGCACGACAAUCAAAUGAACAAAAUCUCAGAUAAGCUACGAUCCCUAAAAUAUCAAAGGAUGAAAGCAAAAAAAGCCAUAUUGGCCUUGGAUUCGCGUAUGAAAAAGAAACGCCCCGAUCUUAGUGAGCCAGAAUCCGACCUCGAAGAGGAUUGGAUCAUCGAGUACGAAAAACAGUUGAUGGAAAAGGAACGGGAAAAAGUUCGUAAAAAAUUCGAAAAGGAUAACGAAACGCGAAAGGAAGAGAAUAAGAAGCCUUUGAGCGAAAAAGAUUUGGAUCGAAUGCUUCAGGAAGUUGACGAGAAAGAAAAGGAAUUGGAGAAAGAACGUAAGAGUGGUAAAGUUGAGCCCAAAAAAAAUCAGACGGUCGAAAAAUUGGAACAUCAAAUCGAGAAACUAGACGGACGCAUCCAAGAAACAAAGCUUGCGAUUGUUGAGAAGGAUGAAAUGAAGACAACCGCCUUAGGCACAUCAAAGAUCAACUAUAUAGAUCCUCGGAUCUCCGCUGCAUGGUGCCUAAAGUACAAAGUGCCAACGGAGAAAAUCUUUAAUAAGAGUUUGCGAGACAAAUUCAAGUGGGCGUUGGACGUCGUCGACGCUGAUUGGGUACCAGAUAAACAAGAUGAAUAUUUUUCGAAUGAUUGCGGAUAUGACACACUUGGCGUCAAUUUUUAUCCUGUUGAUAAAAAUCCAGAAAACGCGAUCGUGUGCAGGUAUGCGUUCACAGUUUGUCCUUCCAAGUUGUUGCGUCCGAUCAAAUCUUGUAUGGAGACUUCAGAGUUGAUACUUUCAAAAAACAUAUCCGACUUCCGACGCAUUUCCUUCAAGACGCAACUUCUCUACGCCCUUGUCUUCUUAAGCCGAUACCUUGACCUCUUCACCUCGUGGGUCUCUCUGUACAACACGGUGAUGAAGAUUUUCUUUAUUGCCAGUUCACUUUAUGUCCUGUAUUUGAUGAAAAGGAAGUUUAGAGCCACGUAUGAUCCAAAUUUGGAGACGUUCAGGAUAGAGUUCUUACUGAUUCCAUGUAUAUUGUUGGCGUUGAUAUUUCACUAUGAUUUUACUUUCAUGGAGAUUUCGUGGGCAUUUUCGGUUUAUCUCGAAGCCGUUGCAAUCCUCCCACAAUUGUUCAUGUUGUCCCGCACGGGAGAAGCCGAAACGAUUACCACACACUAUCUAUUUGCUCUAGGAUUAUACCGUGCAUUCUAUUUAUUGAAUUGGUUGUGGAGGUACAAAGUGGAGCAUCACGUCGAUUGGAUCGUGUGGAUCGCCGGAGCGGUUCAGACCGCCUUGUAUAGUGAUUUCUUUUAUAUUUAUUACAAAAAAGUGUUGCAUGGGCAAAAAUUCAAGCUUCCACAGCUUUCCAAGGGCAACAUGGACGUGCAUAUCUUUUUGACACAGUGUAGGGUUAAUGUCGAGGAGGGACCUUCCGAGGAACGUCAUAUGACCACCGGUCUCCACAUCGUAAAGGACAUUUUCUGCUCUCGCUGUCGAUCCGUGCUAGGAUGGAAAUAUGAGAAGGCGUAUGAGCAAAGUCAACGUUAUAAAGAAGGGAAAUACAUUCUAGAAAAGCAACUUCUUACCGAUGUCAAUUAG